AAGGGGCUGCCCGGGAGCGGCGUACGGGGAAGCUGCUGGAGGAUGGGGACGGCUGGAGGAGCGGGUCAGUGAGCGGAGCGCAACCAGCCCCGCCAGCUCCUCCGACCCGGGCACACCCGGCCCCCGUCCUAUGAGGAGCGGAGCGUCGGGCAGCAUGAACCGGGGCAGCGCCGGUUCCAUCGGCAGCGCCGCCUCCGCCAGCGAGUACCGGGUCUGCAGCAACUGCCGGAAAGUGCUGAGACAGGAAAAAAGAAUCCGAGUCUCUCAGCCAUUAACAAGAGGACCAAGUGCCUUUAUACCAGAGAAAGAAGUUAUGCAAGCAAGUGGUUUGAAUGAACGUACUAACCUUCUUGUGGAAGAAUACUCAACAUCUGGUCGCCUGGACAACAUCACCCAGGUCAUGAGUUUACAUACUCAGUACUUGGAGUCUUUCCUCCGCAGCCAGUUCUAUAUGUUGCGNNCCUCCCCUCCCCUCCCCAAAGAUUGGAAUUAACAUAAAUAAUUCUAAGUAGAAAAUAGGGCAGCAUGUGUGCCUUUAUUAGGUUGGAGGUGGUUUGGGAUGAAAGAAAAAUUAUUUUUGGAGCCUGGAAGUCAGAGCCAUCCCAUCCAUAUACAUUCUCAUACACUUUCUGUGUUGGUCUCUAGAGCUCAUAUAUUUACUCUCUCUAUUUUGUUCUCAUUUCAGAAACUUGUCAAGACUGGAGAAAAUAAUUGGUCUCUUCCUGAAUUGGUACAUGCUGUGGUCCUAUUGGCACACUAUCAUGCCUUGGCAAGUUUUGUAUUUGGUAGUGGCAUUAAUCCAGAGAGAGAUCCAGAUACCUCUAAUGGGUUCAGACUUAUAGCAGUCAACAAAUUCUGUGUCUGUGAUCUUGCCAACGACAACAUCGAAAAUGCAUCCCUCACAAGUAGCAACUUUGGGAUUGCAGAUUCUUUGAGUGAGCUCGAGGCCUUAAUGGAAAGAAUGAAGAGGCUGCAAGAAGAAAAGGAGGAAGAGGAGGCCUCGCAGGAGGAAAUGGCAACUCGCUUUGAAAAGGAAAAGAAAGAGAGUCUUCUAGUAGUUACUGGAGCAUUUGAUGAUGAAAUGGUUUCCACGUCGGAUGUCUCCCGCUAUAUCGAAGAUCCUGGUUUUGGGUACAAAGACUUUGCCAGGCGGGGAGAAGAGCAUCUGCCAACAUUCCGAGCUCAGGACUAUACCUGGGAAAAUCAUGGCUUCUCCCUUGUGAACAGGCUUUAUUCUGAUAUUGGGCAUCUCCUGGAUGAGAAGUUUCGGAUGGUCUACAAUCUCACAUACAACACUAUGGCUACACACGAAGAUGUUGACACAACCAUGUUGAGAAGAGCUUUAUUUAACUAUGUUCACUGUAUGUUUGGAAUCAGGUAUGAUGAUUAUGAUUAUGGAGAAGUUAAUCAGUUACUUGAACGCAGCCUGAAGGUGUACAUUAAGACAGUGACCUGCUACCCAGAGAGAACUACCAAGCGCAUGUACGAUAGUUACUGGCGUCAGUUCAAGCACUCAGAGAAGGUCCACGUAAAUCUACUUUUAAUGGAAGCCCGUAUGCAAGCAGAACUUCUAUAUGCCCUUCGUGCCAUAACUCGUCACUUGACCUGAAGUAUCAAUUCGGAGGGAGCGAAGGAAGUUCAAUUGAUAUGUAAAGGCCUUUUUUAAAUAGAUACACACCAGAAGCUGUAUGUGAUGUAGCAUCAAGAUACUCAGUUCUCUAGUGUCAAAGUUUAGCCGUGUUUUUGGCGGCUGUAAUGUGCAAUGACGUGUUUUAUUUUCUUGAUGCUUAACAUUACUAAUGAUAGCAAAAAUAACACUGAGGAGCACUACUUUUUCUGGUUGGAUUUCAGGAUACUUGUCAAAAUCCUAAAACUAGUUUUGUUAUACUCAGCUCUAGCGCUUCGUUCUGAAACACAGGAAAAAAGUGUUUGUCUUUUCAAGCAAUCAUUUUUCAGAUUAGUGGAAUUCAGCAAAGGUUUUUUGGAUGUUCUAAGAGAUCUUAAUACAAUGUCCUAAUGCUAGUAGAGAGAAGCAUGUGAUGUAUUAAGCUGAACUGGCUACUGGAUUCUUUAUCUCCUGGAGACUACUUGUCAGGCACUGUUUUACUACAGCAAUUGAAGGUGAUGUGAAAUAUAAUGCCAACAUUGUCCACGUUUUAAUGUGACAUUAACCAUGAUAAAUUCUACAGCAUGCUACUGAAAUGCAAAAUUCAGUUAUUUUCUUCCUUUCCUCUUUCCAAAAGAAGUUUCACAAUUAUCCAUUUCAGUUGUACAUAUUAUGGUUCAAUCAUGGAUAAUCUUGUUUUACUGACAGUCACUCUCAAAUCUUCUUUACAGCAUACAUGCUCAUCGUAGUGUUGCUUGCAAGUUCACCUAGUUGGUACCUGUAAAUGUAAUACAGAGACUCACCCAAAAAAAUUUUUUUUGCACUCUCCUUUCUCCAGUGCAUUUUUUAAUUAAGUAAAGCAAAGGAAGGCUAUCAUACCUGUUCUUUUCCUAGUAGUUUAUACACAUUUAUUUCCUAGAAUUUUUUCAUUCAUAGUGUCUGAACACUUUAAUAUUGAAAGCUAAAAUUGUGUUUCUAUGCAUUAAUGUGUGUGAACAAAAGAAAAGUGCAAUAUCUACAAAGAAAGCAAGCUUUUCCCUAUUAUGUCAUUACUGAAGUGCCCUUUUUAUACAACCAUAAAGAAAUUUUAAAACAAUUUCUUUAUUGUCCAAGGCUUAGCAUUUUUGUUUUAGCUUGUAUGGCUUGAGCAAUCUGAUAUUUAAGUGCCAAAGCAGUCACAAAAUAAAAUGGACUUGGACAACUGGUAAUAUUGGGGAAGGGAAGAAUUAAGCUGCCAAAAAGUCACACUUUUUUGGAUUAUUUUGUAUUGCUUGAUUAGAUUGAUUUUAAGAGCACAACAUUUCAGUGUUUAUAGCUUUACUUUGGAUUGUGUUAAUGAACCAGUGAAGUGCCUAAAUUGAUGCUUAAACUUUCCCCGUAGGACACAGCUGUCACUGCUAAAAAAAAUCUUUUGUUUUUACUGUAAGAAGGGUGACUUUUUAUUUUGCUUUUACAUGUAUUAGAAACUAACCAGUUAGGGUUUUUUUAAAGUUCCUCUGAAUUGUAAUAGAUGUAAAAAAGCGUUUCCAUUGAAGACUGCAGAAUAGCUUUCUUUUAACAUAGUCGUCAUAUUUUUACAUCUUUCAUUGAGGGAAAACAAACAAACAUGGACCAGUAUGCUACUACAGUUAGUUUUUGUCCUCCUUCCUUCUCUUAAUAACUUGCUGUGACACGACAUGUUGGGAGUUUUUGCUUUAACUUUCUGUUCCAGAUUGGAAAACUAAAUGAUUGUACAUUUUAAAUACACUUUUUCUGCACUUUUGGACAGCAGUCUAUUUGCAUAAAAAGCCUUGUGAGAAAGAAAUUACUAAUUUUUUUAAGACAAGAUAAGAAACUAUCUAUCAAACUGUGCAUCAGAAUCUCAAACAUUGCAUAAAUAAGAUUUAUUAAUCUUGUAUAGCCAACUACAAAGAUUAUUAAGACCGAGUGGUGAGAGGUUGGUAUGCAUAACCUUAGAUUUGACUUUAACUUGUUAUAAUCUUUUUCAACUGAACUAUAGUGGCUGCACCUAGUGAGUUUAUGCUUGUAACAAUUAUAUCUGGUAAGGAUGUUCUUCAGUUAGUAACUUUUGCCUUUAAGUGAUGGGAACUGUACAGUGAAAUUCCUUUGAUAUGAGAAGCCAGGUAUUUCUCAAGAACAGUUAAGUUCUGAAAGGAAGGUAAGACUACUUUUAGGUAACUAUCAUAACCACUUAAUUCCUCUUCAGAAAUAUAAGGAUUUUAAUGUAGCUUGAGUGUUAGUUGUGGAAACUUUAGUGCCUUUAUUUUAAUCUUUCGCUACAGAAUUUACUUUUCCAGCUCAAUUGCCUUCUCAGCAAAGUAUGUGAUUAGAUUUUAAAACAUAAACUGUAAAUGAAUUGAUGUCUUCAUAGUGAAUCAGUUUAAAAAAGCAACUACAACAAAACUUGAUUUCAGAAGGUGCCAUAUUUAAUCUAAUAUGGCCUGUGUGGCAUUUCAUGUUGGGAAAUGUCAUUUGACAACCAGUUUGCUGUAACUUUUCUAUAUAAAAUGCAAACUUAAGUUACAAUGCUGUUUUUCCACUUUUUCAGAGUAUUGAAUUUACUGUAUAAUCAUUUAUAGCCUAGAUUUUAUACUCAAAAUGUGAUAUUUUUAAAAUAUAGAUGUUUGUUCAGGACAGGUGUUAAAAGUAUACAAUUAUACCGUAUAUUUUACCUACACCUUAGGCUCACUUUGUGCCAAACUUAAAUGUGCAACUGUUUAAAAAAAAAAAUGCACGUGUGAAUGUGAAUCCUCAAACUUCAUUGCUUGUUAACUUCCUUUGUCAGAAAUGUACCUUAAUAAUCCAUGGGAGUACAUGCACAGAUACUGACUUUUUGCUUUCCCUUGCUGGGGUUUAUAUUUACCAGCAUUAACAUUUAGUCGUCAAAAUCCCAAUCUUCACCAAGGUAAAAAGACAAAUGCAUCACCUCCAAUCUGCUGAAGAGAAGACCGGAGCUAUUGGCUCACUAGGGUAAUGACUUACCAGAUACUGUAGGAAAUGCUAUAAAUAGGGAAUCACUUUUUUUCUGCGAUUGGAGUGCUUAUUAACCUUAAGAGCAUUUUAAAAAUAGUUGUAUUCUGGUCAGGUGCAGAACAAUACUCUCCGAAACUUUGUCUAUAAUGAAAGUAAGUGGGGAGAAGUACAAGUUAGAAGAGCCAUUUGCAUUAGCUCAGUAUUCUGUGGAAUAUAAAACUGGCAAUUGAACAUCAUGAGAUGGUAGUCAUAUAAUAGCUUAAAUUGUAUUUUACUUAGUUUAAAAUGAAUUCUGGUAACAGCAGGUGAUUCAAACUGUAGUUGAGUCUCAUGAGAACUAAUUUUUGAAAUGCUUCUGUAGUUCACUUAUCCAUCAGAAUCCAUGGUGCUGCAGUUCUAGUGCAUAAGAUGCCUCCAUGAAUAUUGCCGUGAUUUAUGCAGAAUUGGGCCAGAGUUUUUUUUCCCCCAUCAGCUUUUAAAAAAAAAAACAACAAAAAUAAGCUAAUUUGUUGAAUGUUUUAGCAAGAGGGAACUACAAAAUCAUCUACAAAUCUAAAAAUACAUAAAUUUAAGGCAUAUUAGAACAAAUCAGAAAAACGAGGUUUUUUAAUAAUAAAGCUUAAAUUGAAAGGGACAAAGGGCCAGAUUUUUAAAGAUGUUUAGGCACUUAAACAUGCAGAUUAGGUGCCUACUAGGAUUUCCAAAAUGCCUCCCCAUUACGUUCAAUGGAUAUUAGGUACCUAGGCACUUUUGAAAAUCCUGGUAGGCGCCUAUCUCCAUCUCUGAACCAGCUUUUUGAAGGUGUUCAGUUGCCAAAAGUUAGUAGGAUGGAAAUCAGUUUCCCUGGAUGUUAAAGUAAUAGUGUGAUUUGCAUUGGCUUAUUGACAUGGAUAGUUUUAUUAACAUUUUCAAAGGAUGUUAAUUUGUAGGCUGCUAGAUUUUGUAGAGUAAAAUCUUGACAUCCUUUCUCUUGCAUAUGCAUUUGUUCACCAUAAGUACAUGAAUCUAACAGAUGUGCUCAGACUGACCAGUUUAGAGUCUUGUCUUCUAGGAGGUAAAUUCUGCAGCCUCUACUUGAACCAAGCACCCGUUGGAUUCAGUGGGCAUACAGCCUGUGUCAGGUCUUCAUAGCCAUAGGGCUUGAUCCAAAACCCGUUGACUUUGUGUUGACUUCAGUGGGCUUUAGAGCAGGCCCACAGCGCAUAAAUAAGAGGGUAACGGAUUAACCAUCAGUAUAUGAAACUUACCCCUGGCUGAUCUAGACAGGUGCUCUGCUUGUGGCACACAAAUGCUGCCAACCACAAGACCAGGCCAAAAGUAUCAAAUUUUUCAGAAUCAGCUUUUAAAUUAGAGGGAAAGGCCCCAUCCUAAGUGGUGCAGCCACUUGUUUCUUCACUUCUGGAAGAUUUUAUAUCAAGAAAGCUUUCCCAAGUGAAAGAGUUUGGCAAGCUGUACACAUCACAAAAUCACACACCCCUUAGGCAUGGGAGACAUGUAGCACAAGAAUAGCAGAGGUGUCCCAGAUUAGGACUGAUGCAUUGACAGAGCAGUGGGCGGAUGCUUGAAUAGUAUCUGCAUACUCUAUGCUAUUUUAACCUUUACAACAGCUAUACUUGGCCAUGCAGUCGGUCCCCACAGGCACCCCAUUCCCAUCUCCUGUCCAGCUGAAUAAUCCUCCUGCUCUUCACCAAGGGCUCUGAGCCCCUCUUUUCAAUGGCUAAACCUGCCUACAAAAAGGUCUCUCUCCUACCAAAUGUUGAGAUGAGUUCCCAGUUCUGAUCUCCAGCCUGUCAAAGCCUAAAAGUUCAGUAUUAAGUACCUGUUUUAAAUAGUGAAAUCACACUAACUGUCCAGGAGGGAGAGUAGCGUAACAGAGCUUUAUUUCGAAGGGUCACAUUUUGCCAUCCUUAUGAUAUGAAGCAACUGUACCCCUCGUGGAGGGGUGCUACUCACUAUGGGCAAUUGGGAUCAGAUUCUGGCUCUGAUUACAAUAAAAACACCUGAAGAAGAACUCUGCAAGCUUGAAAGCUUGUCUCUUUCACCAACAGAAGUUGGCCCAAUAAAAGAUAUUACCUCACGCACCUUCUGUCUACAAUAAAAGAAGUCCACUAGUACUUACACUUGACCCACUCAUGAAGGCUCUUCUCAGGCAAAACUGCCCUUGACUUUGGGAGUUUUGCCCAUGUAAGGGCUUUAAAACUAGACCACUCCGUUCUCUUACAAAUACUUUUAUACAACUGAGUAAGAGACUAAAAUGAAUUUCAACAGGGAAUCACUUGAGACUAUGUGAAAACCCCUUAAAAAUGGGGUAGAUUUCAUAAUGGCCUUUAGAACAAAUCUUUUUUUUACUUCUUGUGGGACAACUCCUAAGCAUAAAUACAUCUGCUUAUGAUUACUUGAGAAAGCAAAGGUUUUUUACCCCAUUUAAGGGGGCCUGGUUCUGCUUUAAUUGAAAUCAGUGGGAAGUUUUGCUCCUUAUUCUGAUAUCAUUAUAAUGUCCUUAUGGUACUGAUGAAUAUACAAAAUAAUGGGCUUAACCAUGCAAAUACUGUUACCUGAGUCAAUUUACUUGUAUGAAUAAAGUUACUCACAUGCUUAAGCAUCGGCUGGUUAACAGGAAGGAAGUAAUAAAAUUAGGAGGGGAAUCAGU